GCGCUGGACAAGGGCUUUGAGGCGGAGGAGGGCUGGCGCGACGAGGAGCUUCGCAAGCAACGCUACAGGAAUAUAAUUGUGGGCCUCGCGACGCACGGCGGCUCGUACACGAUCGAGGUGGGCGACGGCAUGAUGAUGAGUGGCCCGUUCAGCGUGGAGGGCUUGCCUGACAUCGACCUCAGCUACCACCCGUACGCGUGCGACCUGAGCAAGCACCAGAUUCUGGUGGUCGGCGCUGCGAUGAGGGAGGUGGCGAGGAGACUCUGCGAGGCAGACGGCAAGCUGGAGACGGCGCUGGGUGAAGCAGGAAGUGGCUCCGCGAACGCGGGCAAGGAGCCGGGCGCGGAUGUCGCCGAAGCAGCAAAGGCGAGCGUGGGCGACGCGGACUGGCUGGGGCAGCUGAGCAGGGCCCCGUGGAAACUGGAGGCGAACAGUGGCCUGGCAGAGAAGUUCGCGCCGCUGGACUUCGCGAGGGCGAGGGCGAGCAAGCUGACUGCGAGG